CCCCCGCGCGCCCUUCCUAGGCCUCUACCCGCCCAACUGGCUAACGGCUGAAGGAGUGGCGCGGGCAGCUUCUCUCGGAAGGAAGAACGGGAGAGUGUGAAGUGUUGCGUCCGUCGAUUUUCCUCUUAAGAGGUGACGUCCCUUUGACAGUCUUCAGAGCCUUCUGCUGAACCCCGCCAGCCUGAAAAAGGAAUAAAGAUAAUUCAAACGUUUUAAAAUUGCUAUUCACUGCAGUGAGGAAUCAGUUGAUAAUGAUGGCCUCCCAGAUAUCAGCUUUGGUGAUAUCUGUUGAAACAGCAAAGGAAGAGCAGGAUGAACGUGCCUUUCAGGAAGUGGAAAACAACGAUCUGAGUGGAUUGGAGCAAAAUGUCGGGGAAGGUGUCGGGGAAGGAGAGACUUCCAGACCUGAAAAGCGAGGGAUGAAAAGACCUUUAAAAAAUUUCCACGAAACAGAUGAGGAAGAUACAGGGGAUAUCCAAGCUAUCCUCGAAAGAUUUAAAGCUGAUACUAGGAAGACAGUUUUUGCAAAGAGGAAAAGAUUGGAAGAGGAUACGAAUGCUUUACUCCAAGUGACUAACCAGAAACUUGAGCAGAUCUGGCAAACAGAGGAAGAGCAGAGGAAUAUGAUCCAAAAAGACUAUUCACAGCACUUUCUCACAAUAUUUGAGCAAUGGGAUGAGAAUAUUAAGAGAGCUGAAGAAUGUGAAGAAAAAAUAGGUAAGCUGGCUGAUGAACUACGACAGGUUUUUCAGCAAUUAAGAGUGAUUCGGAGUCAGAGGCUGAAUACCAUUGAGCAGCUUUGUGACCAAUUCUCAAAGGUAUGGUGAAUCAUAUUAAAGCCAUUUACGGUUG